GUGUUAGCCAACUACUCGGUAUCUGAUGCUGUCGCCACCUACUACCUAUACAUGAAGUAUGUUCAUCCUUUUAUAUUCGCUUUGUGUACAAUCUUACCCAUGGAACCCGAUGAGGUGUUACGUAAAGGCUCGGGGACCUUGUGUGAGGCUCUUUUGAUGGUUCAAGCCUUCCAUGUAAAUAUCAUUUUCCCGAACAAACAAGAAACAAUCUUGAACAAAAUGACUGACGAUGGCCAUGUUUUAGAUCAAGAGACGUAUGUAGGUGGGCAUGUGGAAGCCUUAGAACCUGGGGUGUUUAGGUCCGAUCUGCCCUGUCGGUUUAGACUGGUUCCAGAGGCUUUUCAGAAACUGAUAAGUAAAGUCCAAAAGACAAUGGGACAUGCCAUUGAAGAGGAAGAAAGUAUUCCACUUGAUCAAGUUACAAACUUUGAAGAAGUAUGUAAAGAUGUUGUGGAAAAAUUGUCAGCCCUUCGAGACUGCCCGUCUCGCCUUGAAACUCCAGUCAUCUACCACUUGGACGUUGGAGCUAUGUAUCCAAAUAUAAUUCUCACCAACAGGUUGCAGCCAUCAGCCAUGGUAGACGAAGCUGUUUGUGCAGCAUGCGACUUCAACAAACCAGGAGCAAAAUGUCAGCGAGUCAUGCCAUGGACAUGGAGAGGAGAAUAUAUGCCUGCUAGUCGAAGUGAAUUUCACCGAAUUCAGCAACAGUUAGAGACAGAAAAGUUUCCUUCCUUAGAACCAGGGGGAACUGUACGAGCAUAUCAUGAACUCAAUCGGGAUGAAAAAGCAGCAGUAGAAAAAAAGAGACUCUCGGAUUAUUGCAGAAAGGCAUACAAGAAAGUGCAUAUGACCAGAACUGAAAUUCGUUAUACGACAAUUUGCCAGAGAGAGAACUCUUUUUACGUCGAUACUGUAAGAGCUUUCCGUGAUCGGAGAUAUGAAUUUAAAGGACUGUUAAAGGUCGCAAAAAAGAAAGUGGCCGAAGCAGUAGAGAAAGGAGAUGCUGCUGAAAUUAAAGCAGCUAAAAAUCUGGAAGUAUUAUAUGACUCAUUGCAGUUGGCCCACAAGUGUAUUUUGAACUCUUUUUAUGGCUAUGUCAUGAGGAAGGGUGCUCGCUGGUACAGUAUGGAAAUGGCAGGUAUUGUCUGUCACACAGGUGCGGGAAUUAUAACUCAAGCUCGUGAAUUAAUUGAACAAGUUGGGCGCCCUCUUGAGCUGGAUACGGAUGGUAUAUGGUGUGUUUUACCUGCAUCCUUUCCUGAAAACUAUGUUAUAAGAACAACAAAUCCUAAAAAACCUAAAGUAACUGUAUCGUAUCCAGGAGCUGUUUUAAAUAUCAUGGUUAAGGAACAAAACACUAAUAACCAGUACCAUGAACUGGUUGACCCAAACAAGAUGACGUACAAAAUACGCAAUGAAAACUCAAUAUUUUUUGAGGUUGAUGGACCAUAUUUAGCAAUGAUUCUUCCAGCAUCAAAAGAGGAAGGAAAAAAGUUGAAAAAAAGAUAUGCUGUGUUCAACUUUGAUGGAUCACUUGCCGAACUCAAAGGCUUUGAAGUAAAGCGCCGAGGAGAGCUUCAAUUAAUCAAGAUUUUUCAGUCAUCAGUGUUUGAAGCCUUUCUCAAAGGAAAGACUUUAGAAGAAUGUUAUGCCUCAGUUGCUAAAGUGGCAGACUAUUGGUUGGAUGUUUUGUACAGUAAGGCAGCUAACAUGCCUGAUGAAGAACUGUUUGAUCUUAUUUCUGAGAACCGCAGCAUGUCUAGGAAGCUGGAAGAUUAUGGAGAACAGAAGUCUACUUCCAUCAGCACAGCUAAGAGGCUAGCUGAGUUUUUGGGAGAUCAAAUGGUGAAGGAUGCUGGAUUGAGUUGUCGUUUCGUGAUAUCCAAGAAGCCAGAGGGAGCACCAGUCACAGAAAGGGCUGUUCCAUUAGCUAUUUUCCACACUGAUCCCAGUGUGUCUAAACAUUACCUCAGACGAUGGCUGAAGUUUCCUUCACUUGCAGAUGUAGAUAUUCGUGCAAUAUUAGAUUGGGAGUAUUACAUCGAGAGACUGGGAAGUACUAUUCAGAAAAUUAUUACAAUUCCAGCAGCUCUUCAGCAGGUGCCAAACCCAGUACCUAGAGUGGCACAUCCUGAUUGGCUUCAUAAACGUCUGUUGGAGAAAAACGACACCCUCAAACAAAAGAAAAUUAAUGAACUGUUUUCUAUUGCACCAAAACCAUUGGAAGUAGAGAGUCAGGCAUCAUUGGAGGGCACAUCUCGGGACAGUCAGUCUGUGUUGGAUAUAGAAGAUAUUGGUAAAAAACAGCUUCCAACUUCCAGUUCUCCACGUCCAAUUGUUACGUCCACAAAACGUAAGCGUACCAACUCUGGCAGCUGGCAAGUAGAAGCUGAGAUUCAAACCUGGAGAGAGAAACUAGGACCUCCACCACCACUUGGUAACACAAGGGGAGAGAGACAAGAAUGGUUACAAUAUCAAAAGAAAAAGUGGGCUUUCCAACUUCGUCAACGAGAAAUGAGGCAUCAAAGGCAUCGUGUGGGAGAGGGCAAUGCGACUAAAAGAGGCAGAGUUAUUCAGAAUAGAACAGGAAUUGGUGACUUCCUACGCCGCACCCAGAAAUCUCUGCUGGACACUCCAUGGCAAAUAAUUCAGGUAGCUGAAAGUGGCCAAUUAGGAGUUUACCGUCUGUGGGCUUUAGUUGGUCAAGAUCUUCAUCAGAUACGUUUGAAUGUACCCAGAAUUUUUUACGUUAACCAAAGAGUUCCCAAAGAAGGAGAGAGUCCACUGUGGAAGAAAGUGAUGAGGACAUUGCCAAGAUCCAAUCCUGUCUAUUAUUUAUAUGAAUACACAGUACCAGAAAAAGUUUUUCAGCAACACAGCAAUGAGCUAAUGGCAGAGUUAUCGUCACCACACAUUGAAGGGAUCUACGAAACACAAGUCCCAUUGGACUUCCGGGUGUUAGUAACAUUGGGAUGUGUUUGCAAAGUUUCCAAAUCGUUUGUUCGUGAGUAUGCUUCCAAAAACAGUAUUGAUAGUAUUUUAUCUUUACACAUAAAAGCUAGAAUUAGUACUGCUAGUAUUUUAUCUUUACACAUAAAAGCUAGGAAGUAUAUCUAUCUGUACCACCACUCUGUGGGUAGUAAAGCUAUGUUUGGGCUUUUUGUACCACCAGUGAAAAGGACCUAUGUGUUCGUGGUAGAUUCAGUCAAAACCAAUCAAAUGCCAAAUAUGAAUUCUUUAUAUAAUUCUGAAAGAACAACCAAAAUUUCUCACGGCACAGAUGAAACUUUGCUGCCUGAUAGUGGAUUUCAGUUUGAAGUCCGUACAGAAACGGAUGUUCGACAAGUUUACCGUCAACUUCAGCGCCACCUUUCUACCUAUCAAGAUGAGAAGCGAGGACCAACUAUGAUAGCCCUACAGUCUGCUCAUAAGCCUCAUGACAUGACAUUGUUAAUGCCGGGUCUAGCAGAGUUUCCACUAGUUCCCAUUCACGUUCAAGACAGUGAUGCCCUCUAUCAAGUUAUGGACUGGCAACGCACUGGUGCCAAGGCUAUGCUGCAUCACUUUUUGGAAGUAGAAAGUGUUCUUUCUACAAUGCUGGAACAAUGCAGAUAUUUUCAUCUUCCUCUUGGGAACAUGCCUCAAGACAGUACUUUGUUUGCAGCUGACCUAUUUUUUGCCAGAAACCUUCAAAAACAGAAUUUCUUGUUGUGGUGUUCCCCAACGGAACGUCCUGAUUUAGGUGGAAAGGAAGCAGAUGAUAAUAGGCUUCUGGCAGAGAUCGAGGGUAAAACUGUGGUGGAGGUAAAAAAAGCAGGAGCUUACUCAUCAGUGUGUGUGGAGCUGGAUAUUGAGAGUUUAGCUGUCACCACAAUACUUCAAAUAUUGGUGUUAGUCACCACAACAUUCCAAGUAGAUAUUGGUGUUAGUCACCACAACAUUCCAAGUAAUAUUGUUGUUAGUCACCACUGUAUUUCAAAGACCAUUGUUGUUAGUCACCACAACAUUCCAAGUAAUAUUGGUGUUAGUCACCACAACAUUCCAAGUAAUAUUGUUGUUAGUCACCACUGUAUUUCAAAGACCAUUGUUGUUAGUCACCACAACAUUCCAAGUAAUAUUGUUGUAAUCUGCAAUGUUUGUAAUCAUUGUCGAGACAUCGAUCUUUGUAAAGAUCCAUUUCAAGCCAUCAACACAAGUGGAAUGAUCACUCAAAAGAUUCAUCGGAAACUCCCGUCAGGUGUGUUAGGACCAGAAGAAGAAAGUGUAUUUCCCACCUUACCUGGAUCCUAUUUAAAACUUACAAAUCCUCCCCUGGAGUUUGUUAAAGCUGUUACUGAGGUUUUGUCACUGGACAGCAACAUUAGCAGUCAAGUGAUGAAGCUUAAGAGAGACUUACUACGUCUUAUUGAUAUCGGUGAAUUUAGUGAUGAAGCCGUAUGGGUGGACCCCUGUAUGUCAUUCAUAUUACCUGAGGCUGUUAUUGCCAGUUAUAUAAGUACUAUUUACCAGCAUUACCAGGAGGAGUAUAGAGUGAGAAAAUUAGAAAACUGUAGCCAGAAACCUGAAAAUUCUAUCACUCCAGCUAGUCUAACAUUUGCUCAGGAGUUAGUCAGCGGAGAAUUGUCACAGAAGUUAUUUCUAUGGCUUCGAUGUCCUCAAUCUUUGCUUUAUGAGCCAGCCUUGAAACGAAUACUUCAUAUGUUAAUGAAGAAACUCUUUAUGCAGCUUGUGGCAGAGCUCCAACGUCUCGGGUCACUCAUUAUCUAUGCCAACAACAAUCACAUGGUUCUGUGCACCAAACGCCAUGAAGUGGGAGAUGCCAUAGCUUAUAUCGAUUAUAUUUUGGGGAAAAUCAAAAAUAAAGAAUUGUUCCAUGGCCUUGAUAUGACCCUCCAGGAAUGUUGGAAGUAUCUUUUAUGGCUGGAUCCUGCCAACUAUGGAGGUAUAAAGGGUAAAUCUGAAACAGAGGACCAGAAACCAAAAACUUUAUCAUUAGAUGAAGAUGCUGAGGAUGAAGACGAUGGGGCUGAUUCUGAAGAAGAAGUAAGAUUUAAGUGGGAUAUCAGAUUAUAA